AUGCAAUUUAAUCAUGACAAUGUUAGGCCAGUACAGUUGCAAUCUGUGGAAGUGCUCCCUAAAAAGGCUGUUAAUAUCUUGAAGGAAAUUAGGGUUCUUUCUGGAUUGACCAAGGAGUCCAACAUCGACAAGUUUCUAGGGGUAUUUUUGGAAUCCCUCGUGGAGUACAGUCAUGAUGAUGAUUCGUGCCUUAAAUUGUUGCUUUCCAUGAUAAAAUUCGUUCCUGUUAAUGCUUUAGUUGGUCGUUUGGAUUUCUUGAAAUACAACGAAUCAUCUCUAAUGAAGCUGCCUUGUAAGAUAUUUGAUCCCAUUCCACUUGGUGAAGUUGUUGAUGUUGGGAGGAUGAAGGAUGCAGAUUCAGUAGCAAUGCCUGAAGGUUCAUCUUUAUAUGAUUUGGUUCAAAUACCACACAUACUUCUGUUGGAGUGGUGGUUCACUUGA